AAAUGAUCAAAGAACGUUGACGAUACGAGGUCGUGAUAAGCCUUGCUCGAAAUUGUCGUAUUAGCUGCUUUAUGUAAUCUGCCUAUGUACGUACGUACUCGGCCGGAUCACGAAUUGGUCGAACGGUGGUCGCCCGGUGGCCCGGUGGGAGACCUUACAUCUAGUAACGAUCGCGGUGAUUGACUGGGAAGAAUGCUACUCUACGUAGGCGGCCUUAUUCGACCCUAGCUAUCUCAUGCCAAGUUAGGAAAUUUCUUGCGACCAGACAUCGAUGGCCGGAUGUGUCUGGCGCGGGCUAAGAGACUGAUUGGCCGAACUGUACGAUGCGAGUGCGCUGUGAAUGAGCAACUCCCAACCGUUCCUAUUUCGUACUCAUCGCUAUGUAUUUCGGUAAUAUGUCUAUCUGAUGUCAUAGUUAGCUGGAGCCUUGUCUCCAUCCUGUACCUGAAAUAAACAAAAUCGAAUAUUUUCAGCUCAUAUUCUAACGUGACGGCGUUCUUAACCCCCUUUGCUGCUGAUGGAAUUUUGCUGAACGCUUCCUAUCUUAUUACUUGGAUAUUGGCCAUGAUUGGUGGACGGCCUAGUACCUGCCUGGUGCUGGGUACGGUACUUUUUGCGUGUAUUCUCCUUACAUAUCUGGGCUCCGGGUCUGCUCGAAAUCAAUGGGGCUCGACUCCGAGUCCCGUGAAAUGGACCUCGUCACCGGCAAGCCAAGGUAAAUCGGACGUGUUUAAUAGAACGCUCGGCUUUGAGAAGAUCUUUGUCAUAGGACUCCCCGAGCGUUCGGAUAAGCGCGAUGCAUUAGCUCUAAUGUCUUCGCUCACGGGAUUCAGGAUAAAUUGGAUUGACGGUGUUGCUGGUAACACCAUUCCAAACAAGGCUCUGCCCUUCGGAUGGGAUCGAGAAACGAUGCGGGAUAGUAACCUAGGUUCCUGGCGCGGCCACGUAAACGCAAUGCGACGCAUAAUCGAAGAUGGAAUAUCGUCGGCGCUGAUUAUGGAGGACGAUAUGGACUGGGAUGUGCAUAUUAAGGAACAGCUAGCUCAAUUCGCCGCGGCGGCUCGUUCCUUGCAGAACGGAUUCCACAGAAACCAAACGCUAGAAACGCCAAGCCCGUACGGUCAAGAUUGGGAUAUGCUGUGGUUAGGUUCAUGCGUAACAACGUUCGAUGAAGACCUCCCCGAACACCUCCAGACCCCGCCCGAGGAGCGCGACUCCCGUAAGGUCUUCGUCCACGAUGACCCGACAGUACCACCACCGGGGCAUAUUCUGGGCAACGGCUCUUUCAGCUGGGACGAUUACCCUCCGCGCACCCGAAUAGUAUAUGUACCCGGCGAUAAUGUAUGCAGCUUCGCAUACGCGCUGAGUGCAGCUGGAGCGCAAAAGGCGUUGCAGCAUAUGGGACUUGAGGGACAGCAUAAACCCUUUGAUAAUCACCUCAGCGAUCUGUGCCGGUUGCGCAUAAACGGUAUGCGGUGCGUGAGCAUAGUGCCAAGUUUAUUCGUGCAUCACCGUCCGAAGGGUAGGAUCAGCGGCGACUCGGACAUUAAUAAGGGAAACGAGAAUGAGAUGCGCGAGGUGGGAUUCACGGAGAACAUAUUAUAUAGCACGCGGUUGAACUUGAAAAAUUUGGUUAGAGGAUUGGGGCCGGAGAAGCAAUGGGUAGAUUGAUAUUUGAGGAUAAAUGCAUGGCGUUGGCGUAUACAUAUGGACUUAGGAGGUAGGUAACAGCGGAUAUCUUUGAUUUUUGUUUUAAUAAUUGAAUGAAGCCAAGAUUAUUCGGCAGUUUUGAGACAUGAGAACUGAGCAAUAGUUGUGCGUUUGUUAUUAUCAAGACUUGUAAGUCCAGUUUAGUGGUGUUGAAGCCUUGGAAGAGCUGGGUUUCGUAUGGUGUCGACAUCACUUUACAUCCUUGAUAAUUUAGCCAAGUUCUAAACGAUGUAUCGUAGGGUAUUGUUCCAUAAAAUAGGUAUCAUUUUAU